GGCCCACAGAAACCCCCCCGCCGCCGCCGAUUCGCCGGCGACUUCAGCAGCAGCUCCCCGCGCAAUCACCCCGGAAUCUUCGUACCGGUCGAGCGAAUUCGCGGCGGAGCUGAUCCGGCUACAGACCUACGCGGCGUUGAGCCUGCUGGCGACGACGGCUGCCGCGUACCACGCGUUCAACACGCGGGACCAGUUCUACCCGGCGAUGGCGCACCUCUCGGCCUCCAAGUUCAUGAUUCGAACAAACAGCUACCUCUUGGACCCAUGUAGUGAUAAUAGACAAAAGAAUCAUGAUUCGCCAGUAUGUGUUUAUGAGGAUAUGUUUAAUGAUAUACUUUUCCUGAAGAGAAUGCGAUUCAUUCUGCUAAACAUCAAAUCUUCAUUUGCUGCAACGUGCUCAAGUGAAGAACUUGAAGUGCCACGGCCGUCUUUCGAGUCUGCCGCAGCGCGUCCGACUACGAUUCUGUCUGGACCCCAACACCCCAAGCUCGGGCCCUCCUUGAUCCUGCCACACCCGCCUCCCUUCGACCUCAACAGGAGCUCACCACCACAUCUCUGCCUCAUGUGCUUCACAUCUUCCACCCACGCCGCCUCUGCUGUAUCAUCCCCAAGUACAUCAUGGACUGGCCUGGUGGGCUCGACAUAUCCCUACGCUGACGAUCUUGGUCGAUUAGAUCUCAUGUCGUCCAGAUCAUUAGAUCGAGGAGGCAACACGACUGGAUAUUGGAGAAGAUGAAUUCGGCAGUGUACCAUAGACAGACCGACAUGUGGCUUGCGCCCCCCGAUGCCCACCACCACAUCUCUGCCUCAUGUGCUUCACCUGAGUUGCAACUGUAAGCUGCUGCUGCAGUAGUCACCCGCCCACCGCCCACCACAGGUAUACCCUCUUUCUCUCUCAUUAAUUUGCCAUCUACUUUCAUGAUGUUUUGGCACCCCAAUCCUGCAAGUAUCUCUGUCCAAUCUGCAGCAACAAGUAUGUCAUCACAAGUACAAUACGGUGACAAUGUAUGCGUGUGUUCUUGUGCUUGCUGCCUAAAACAUGUUCGAUGAAAUGUCUCAAUGGCUUUGCUCAAGUUUAUGUUGCUCCAUUCAGCGGCGUUGAUAGGUCCAAGCCCCCAAGCCAUUUCAACUUCAGAGGACUAAGCAAGCAGUCGAGUGCAGCAAUGAUGGCCAAGCGAGCUUAUCGUGUUGUUCUCACCUUCUUGUAGACAACGAGGAUGGAGAUGCGUGGAAAGGCAUUGGAGAUAUCAUGGGAAAGGCGGGCACCCUGGAAGUUCUCGCUGCUGAGUUCACUAGACUAAUUAUAAGUUUCCCCAUGCAUAAUUUUUCUAGAAAAUAUUUCCAUAUACUAAAGUGUGCUAAAUAUUUUUGAGCAUCCAGAAACCUUGCUACAGGUGGAAACAUAGCCUCCCAUGCAUGCAUUUUCCUUUUCUAAUUAUAAUGGCCUUCUCAGAUUCGUUUUGAGAGCAAUGCAGCAUGUGCGUGGACGUGCUCGCCGGCAAUGAUAUGAAGUGCCCCGGCAAGGAAGGCUCUGCCUACAGGCGCGCCUGCGAGUUCACACACUCCGAGGUUGGUCUGGACGAAGUGGCGAGAACGGCAGGCAGGCAGGCCUGGUCGACUUACAAUUUGAUUUAAUAGAACACACUGAUGCGUAGGCUCUGAUGGAGGGACUCUGGUGACUCAUCUAGCUAAUUAAUUCAGUUUUGGAGUGUGCAUUAGUCAAGGUAUGUAACCCAGUAGAUUGCUUCAGUUCCAAAUUGACUCUUAUAACUAGGUUCUUUUGCUUUAACUGAUUAAGUUCAGUUCAUAGAAAGAUGGCAAUCUAUAUCAGUCAAGGUGCGAGUGUGCUUUUAUGUU